AUGGAUCCAGCGGAUUGGCAAGAAUGGCCACAUGCUUUUGUGGAGACGGAAGACGGUAUCCGCAUGCAUUUCGUAGAUGUAGGACCUAAAGAUGGUCUACCUGUCGUGAUGGUGCAUGGGUGGCCGGAUUUAUGGUUCGGAUGGCGAUACCAGAUUCGAGCGCUUCAAUCCACGUAUCGACUGAUCGUGCCAGAUGUUCGUGGAUUUGGUCAAAGUUCGACCCCGCAAAGUGUUACGUCCUACGGUGCCAAGAACAUUUCCCGGGAUCUGGUGACUCUGCUGGACAAAUUGGAGAUCCCCAAGGCGGUAUUCGUGGGUCAUGACUGGGGUGGCCAAAUGGUCUAUCGAACCUGUUUGUAUUAUCCUGACCGUGUCAUUGCAGUCUGCGGCGUCUGCACUCCAUACCGUCCUCCAAAGACGACCUACGUGCCAUUAGAAGUCAUGGUGAAGAAGUUCCCGCAGUUUAAGCCUUCGGAAAUGGGUCCGGAAGCAACCGGAAUGUCGCUGCAGAAGAUGCUUAUGGCCGUCGACUCGGACGUAGAUCACUUCGUGUUUACGCAACGAUCGACCCUGCUAUCUGAAGCUGAACUGGACUAUUAUGUGGAGCAGUACAGAGCCAGCAAGUUUGCUAGCACGUGCCAGACGUAUGCGACGGGGAACAUUGACUUUGAUGAUGAAAGGGGGCUACCGAGUGUGAUUGAGCAUCCAGCGCUAUUUAUCGGUGCUGCUAAAGAUCCAGUACUCAAACCCGAGAUGGCGAGUGGCAUGGCCGAGGUGAUGCCUAGCCUCGAAACGAAGGUGAUUGAUGAUGCUGGCCAUUGGGUGCUCUGGGAGAAGAAGGAAGAGGUGAAUGCGAUCUUGUCCAAGUGGUUGGCUAAGAUUGCUGUAGGCGUGGACGAGGGCAACCCGACAACGAAGUUGUAA